AUGAAGCAUUUGCAGAAGCUGACAGCUCCGUUAAUUCUCAAAUGCGGUUAUGUUUUUAACAAUUCUAAACCCUUUUUUGGGUCCUUCCAAAAGGUUAGGUUUUAUGCAACUGCUAAAAAACCUAAAUUGAAACAAGAAGAAGAUGAAUGUCAUAUACCUCGUGCAGUGAAGAAAGAAGCACAAGCUGCUUUGCUAGACUACUUGCAUUCCACUAGAAGUUUGCAGUUUAUGGAUGCUGAGCAUAUGAGUAAAAACUCACCUUUUUUUCUUUCCAAUUUAUUACAAAGAAUUGAUAAUGAAAAUGAUAUUAGACGUUCUUUAACUCGAUUCUUGCGAUAUCAUCCAAUCAAUGAAUUUGAACCAUUCUUUGAGAGCAUUGGCCUGAAACCUUGUCAAUACUUGCCAUUUCUUCCUAGAGAUCUCAUGUUUUUGAAUGAUGACCAUAGGUUGCUUGAUAACUAUCACAUCUUGUGUAAUUAUGGUAUUUCAAGAAAUAAGAUAGGAAGGAUUUUUGCUGAAGCUCCAGAAGUUUUUAGAUAUGAUCCUGGAGUUUUGGACUUGAAACUUGCUUCUUUUCACGGGGUUGGGAUAGAUCAGUCUACUGUUGUUAAUCUUGUUAGUGCAAGUCCUCAUCUUUUGAUUGGGAAUGUACACAAGGAAUUUUUUCAAGUUGUUGAGGAAUUAAAGAAAACAGGAGUUGAAUAUAGUUGGAUUGAGGAGCAAUUGAAUGGAAAUUCUAUUGAUUGGAGCCACUUAUUUGAGCUCAUAUGCUUCUUGAAUGGGUUGGGCUUGACUGAUCAACAAUUGGGAAAGUUAAUUUGUCAAGUUCCUGGUCUUCUGUUUGAUUGUUCCGGAGGUACUACAUUUUCGCUAAUUGGAUUCUGGUUGAAAUUUGGUAUUCAGAAACCCGAAUUACUUGAUGUAUUUCUACACUUACCACAAAUUCCAAUAACCACAUUUGUUUUCAAUAUGAGGCAAUGCUACCAGUUCUUGCCUGUCUUAGAGAUUGGAAAUAUUAUUCAUUCAUACCCUACAUUGCUAGGCUCAUGUGUUUUGAAGAAAGCUGCAAGCUUGCUAACUACCCUGAAUACAGGGAAGAAGCGGCUUUGUAGUGUGAUCAAGGAGAAUCCAGAAUUUUUGAGGAAUUUGGUUCGUGGAGCCAAAGUUGAACGGUUACCAAUAGCUGAGGAGGAGCUAAGAUCCAAAAUGAUGAAAACUAAGUUCCUUUUGGAUUUGGGUUUUUCUGAGAACUCAAGCGAAAUGGAGAAAGCUCUUAAAUUAUUUCGAGGAAAAGGGGUGGAGCUCCAAGAGAGGUUUGAUUGUUUGGUAAAUGCUGGUUUGGAUCGAAAGCAUGUUGCUUCAGUGCUGAAAAUAUAUCCGCAAAUACUCAAUCAAAGGAAAGAGGUACUUGAGGCAAAGAUUGAUUUUCUAUUGAAUACAUUGGGUCUUCCACUGUCUACUUUAGUUUCGUUUCCAUCCUACCUAAACUACACAAUUCCAAGAACCACACUUAGGCUUUCAAUGUAUAAUUGGCUCAAAGAUCAAGGAAAAGUUGACCCAACAUUGUCUUUGAGCACUAUCAUAGCUUCCUCAGAGAAAUUAUUCAUGAAGACUUAUGUAAAUCCUCAUCCUAAAGGCCUUGAAGUCUGGAAAGAUCUGAAAAGAGAGUUAUAUCCUGAUUAAGUGAGAUAUCCUGAGUCGUUCCAUCUGGUAGCAUUGACAAAGGAAUGUCUAAAGCUUGAAAUCUCUUUAAAGCACAGUCUCCUGCUUAAGUUAAGAUGAGUACCAGUUCUAAAUGUGUUAACUUUGAGUGAAACGAAAAGGAGCUGGCUGCAGGCAUCCAGGUGCAUUAUAGAUCAAGGUAUUAUAAGCUACAUGACAUGGAGUGCCAAACCACACAGCCCACUUUAAGAACAAAAAUGCUGCAUGUAUGCAUGCUGUAAACAUUGGCCAAUGCAGGAAGAGCUGUUAAAACAUCAAGAACGAAGGAUGAAAAGAAGAAAUCAAAGCCAAGAGGUGAACAACAUCAAAGGUAAUUUGGUAGAUGGUCAAGUAAUGGUAUAAUUUGAUUUCUUCAUGAAUGGAUAGAUUCAACAUCCGUGCUAGCGUUACUGAUUAGCCUUGUACAUUCCAAAAGCAGAGAAGAGUCAACUCUAACAGCAGGGCAAGAAAUCUUUUGAGGUUUUAUUUAUGGGAUCACAUGAUCCUGCACCAUUGUCUAUUUAAUCUUAAGAAGACGAGCAAGCUCAAUAAGGUUGAAGAAGGCUUCGGCCUUUUCCUAUGCGAUCCAUUCAUCUAUGAAUUUGUUAGGGGUAAAAACUUAGUUUUGUUCUGCUAUAUGUAAACUUGAUUUCUUUUGCCCAACUUAUAUGAUGAAACUAUUUUUUUUUUCUCUAUUUAGAGGAAUGAUUCCAACCACCAUUCACGUACUAUUCCUCGUCAGGCAUCACGAGGAAGAGCAAUUGAGAAUUCUCAUUCCAGAAAUACACUGACAAGAACUUAGAGUUUGUUUCUUCAAAAUGCAGAUUUCAGCUUCCCCUGUAUCAAUGAGUUUCAGUUUUAACUUUGUUAUCUAGGUGUGUUUGGUAUGAUGGAAAAAUGUACCUGUUUAGUUGGAGAGAGAACUUUUAACCAUUUACUAAGGAUUUUAAAUAAUAUUAGCAACUGGAUUCA